GAUUAUUUUGAAAAAGAAGUAAAUAAUAGUAAGGAAUUUUGGGUUUGCAAAGUUGUAAAUAAAAAAAGUAGCAAAAAAUGUAGCAAAAAAUACAAGAAUAUAGGAAGUUUAACAGGAAAUCUCAUUACAUAUCUUAGAAAUAAUCACAAGAUUGUUUCGCAAAAUGAUAUAGAAACUUUGAAAAAGGUAUUA